CUGGCUAGCGGUCCAACGUUGGGGAGCACGAGUGAGAGUCUUGCCAUUAUUGCCGUGUCGUGACUCGUGAUGUGAGUUCAGCAGUCUCGAAGUCGAGCGAACUGUUCUUAGUUGGAGUUGAUUUGACACGGGACGUGGACGGGUUUCCGCAUCUAUCCUAUACUGCUCGACGUUUUGUGCUGAGAAGGUGUAUUUCGCUACUUUCCCACGACUGCAGCAGGGUGGCUACAUCGUACAUGUGGCAUUUUGUGCAAGAUAAUUUAUCGUUCUUCAUUGAUUAGGCAACAAAAAGCCCAGAUUAUAGCUUUAAUCGAAAAUUGUCUCAAGUGUUCUUCACUGUCAAUAGUCGCUGAUCGAGUGUAGAAAAACGGCAGGUGAAAUUGAAAAUUUGCUGCAAUUAUCGUGGAAGAUUGGUAGUGCGCUUUUGUUGUAUUGCUCAAAGUGAAUGGUGCCCCACUCUGUGAAGCUCUGAAAGUUUCCGAGAGCCAUAAUAAGAGUCAGUGGCAAAAUGUGUGAAAAUUUACAGCCCCGUUUAGGUAAUUUGGAUAUCUACUAGUCGUCUGUGCAUUGGGACCAACUUUCGGAACAUCUUGAAUUAGGCGAAUUUUCGAACGGCUGAUGAUCUACGGCGGAGAAAAUAUUCGAUACGGAGGAAAAUCGGCCUAACAAAAAACAUGUCAUCGACGGAACUCUACGUGAAGGACGCCCGCGUCUGGAUUCCCCAUCCGGAAAACGUUUGGCAGGGGGCGGUUGUUCUUAGCGACUACAAGGAGGGAAGCAGCACACUAGAGCUCAUCACCGACCGACAGGUGAAGCAUACGGUGCAGCUCAAAUCUAGCGGCGAUCUUCCCCCGCUGCGUAACCCUGCCAUUCUAAUCGGGCAAAAUGAUCUCACCGCUUUGUCCUACUUGCACGAACCGGACGUCCUCUACAAUCUGGAGGUUCGCUUUUGCGAUCGGCAUGCCAUCUAUACGUAUUGCGGGAUCGUACUGGUGGCGAUCAAUCCUUACGCCGAGCUGCCGCUGUACGGAACGGAUCUGAUUCGGGCCUAUCGUGGUCACUCGAUGGGUGAACUGGAACCGCAUAUCUUUGCCGUGGCGGAGGAAGCGUAUGCUAAAUUGGAGCGGGAAAAAUGUGAUAUUAGUAUAAUUGUCAGCGGCGAAUCCGGAGCAGGAAAGACCGUAUCGGCGAAGUAUGCCAUGCGGUAUUUCGCGACGGUAGGCGGAAGUGAAUCGGAAACACAAAUCGAGAAGAAGGUUUUGGCUAGUAAUCCUAUUAUGGAAGCGAUUGGCAACGCAAAAACAACGAGAAAUGAUAAUAGCUCAAGAUUCGGUAAAUUCACUAAACUGUUGUUCACUAAUAACCUGUCGAUGAUGUCUUUGACUGGAGGUACCAUGCAGACCUACCUGCUGGAAAAGUCCCGAGUGGUAUUUCAAGCUCCCGGAGAGCGAAACUAUCAUAUAUUCUAUCAGCUGUGUGCAUCGCGACAGCAGUGGCCCGAGCUGAUGUUGGACCAUCAGGAUAAGUUUCACUUUUUAAGCCAGGGGAAAUCGCCCGAUAUCGUUAAAAUUUCCGAUGAGCAGCAGUUCGAGGAAACGAUGAAAGCUAUGAAGGUUCUCGGUUUCGAUCGAGGGGAGAUUAGUGAUAUCCUGAAAAUACUGGCAGCGGUUCUGCAUUUGGGCAACAUUGAAUUCACCCACAAGUACAAAAAACAAACACAAGAAGUAGACCAAGAAGCUUGCACUGUAGCGCCGGACGACUUGCACCUGAACAUUUUCAGUGACAUCCUGAAGCUAGAUAGAGACGAGUUGCGUAAAUGGCUUAUCACCCGGCAGAUCGAAUCCAUCAACGAUAGCGUAUUGAUACCGCAGAACAAAACCCAAGCCGAAGCGGCUCGCGAUGCUCUGGCGAAGCACGUAUACGCCGAAAUGUUCCAGUACAUAGUGCAGAAGAUUAACCGCAAUUUGGCUGGUUCGAAAAAACAAAGCUGCUUUAUCGGCGUCCUGGAUAUCUAUGGCUUCGAAACAUUCGACAUAAAUUCGUUUGAACAGUUUUGCAUCAAUUACGCCAACGAAAAACUCCAGCAGCAAUUUAAUCAGCACGUUUUCAAAUUGGAGCAGGAGCAGUACCUGAAAGAAGGUAUCGAGUGGACGAUGAUUGAUUUCUACGACAAUCAACCAUGUAUUGAUUUGAUUGAAACAAAGUUGGGUAUCCUGGAUUUGCUGGAUGAGGAAUGCAGGAUGCCGCGAGGCUCAGACGAAUCUUGGGUGGGAAAACUUUUUGAAAAAUGCACCAAGUACAAACACUUUGAUAAGCCCCGGUUCGGGACAAGUGCUUUUCUAAUAAAGCAUUUUUCCGAUACGGUUCAAUACGAAUCGCAAGGAUUCCUGGAAAAGAAUCGCGACACCGUUUCCAAGGAGCUUGUGAACGUACUCGCGCAGUCCGGAAUGAAAAUGUGCCAUAAACUUAUGACUGCACAGGAUGAAGUACAAUCCCCUUUGUUGGAGACCAGAGGAAGCGGUGUGAAGUUAGUAGUCAGUGCAGCCAAGAGCCAGCCGGCGGACAAACGACGAAAGCCAAUGACCCAAAAGCAGCAAAGGAAAACUGUCGGCUCACAGUUCCGAGAUAGUUUGACGCUCCUGAUAACCACGCUCCACAACACAACACCGCACUAUGUGAGGUGUAUUAAGCCAAACGAGGACAAGGCUGCCUUCAAAUGGGAAGCUCCAAAAAUUGUCCAACAGCUACGAGCUUGUGGGGUGUUGGAAACCGUCCGAAUCUCAGCCGCUGGUUUUCCCUCGCGCUGGAUGUACGAGGACUUCUACGAACGAUACAGGCUGCUGUGUAAACGUGUACAAAUCGUCGAUUGGAACGUCAAGGCCACCUGUACCAAUAUCGUCCGCAACUGGUUGGUCGACACGGACAAGUACCGCCUAGGUAAAACGCAGAUCUUUUUCCGCGCCGGUCAAGUCGCCUACCUAGAGCAGCUGCGAAGUGACGUACGGAAAAAGCACAUUAUACUGGUUCAAUCUCUGAUAAGGAGGUUUAUCUGUCGAAACAAAUAUUUGCGGUUGAAGCGCACGUCUCUUGGUCUGCAGCGUCAUGCUAGAGGGAUGCUGGCACGAAAGAGGGCUGAUAAUCUGCGGAAAAACCACGCAGCAAUCAAAAUUCAACGCUUCGUUCGGGGUUGGCUCAAGCGCACGAAAUAUCAAAAGAUUCGAAAAACGAUUCUUGGCUUGCAAACGUACGCUCGGGGAAUGCUUGCACGGAGACAUUUCAAAACGGUCUUGGAUAACUACAAGGCGACUCAGAUACAGCGAUUCUGCAGAGGUUAUUUGGCACGUCAAAGGGCACACAAACGGUUGGCCAACAUUAUCAAAUGCCAGGCUACUAUUCGGCGCUUUCUGGCGCGCCGUCUGUUCAAGCGCAUGAAGGCGGAAGCCCGAACUAUUUCUCACAUUCAAAAGAUGUACAAAGGCCUGGAGAACAAAAUUAUCGAGCUGCAACAGCGCUACGAUCAGAUAUCGAAAGAGAAUUCUUCUCUGAAGAAGCAAAAUGUGGAAAUCCCCGAGAUGCGACAGAAGUUGGAGUCGAUGAAACGCCAGGAGAAGGAACUGAAGGCUUUGAAGAUACAAAUGGAACAAAAAGACGAAAAACUUCUGCUUGUAAUCAAGCAGCUAGAAAACGAACGGGACGAGAAAAUGAUUUUGCUGGAAGAGAAGCAAAAGGAAGAGGAGGAGCGACUGAAGGAACGAAAUUUGUUGGAACAGGAUCUCGCAAAAAUGCGCGUUCAGGUUAACGAGUUUAGUGACGUUACGAAGAUCGAGCGUGAUCGACUGCUUUUACAAGCUGAUUCAAAUGAAAUUCAUGUAGCCUAUCAACGAAUGGUCAAAGAUAAGGAUCAACUUGAAAACGAGAAUCAUUCGUUGAGGCACGAGUUGCGCCGCCUCCAGAACAUUAUCAGCAAUUCACAUGAGCUGAAAACACACUCGCGUUCCGUCAGCAAUGCAUCCAGUACCAACGAGGAAGACUUUGGUUACAAUUCCGGCAAAAACACACUAGAAAUCCAUCGCUCUCCGCAGUCUCAUGAAGGUGAAAUCAAUAAUAAUGUUAAGCAAGUUAGCGGACAUGUUAGUGCUAGUACUGUCCCUCUCCAUUCCCAAUCCAACAUUUUCCAUUCGACAUCGACCGCGGCUGCUAGCUCCCGUAGCAGCAGCAGCAAUAAUUCAUCUAUUAGUAAUUUAAAUAGUUAUAGCACAUUCGACAGCUUGUCGAAGGGAAAAGUUCCUACGGUCGAUUUCGAGCGAGUGUAUAAGACACCGCCGGAAUCAUUCAGUAUGCUGAAAGAUCAUUCAACACCGAACACAAACGAGUCACCGGAAAAGGAUCAAACGACAAUAAUUUUGAAAAUGCGCAAACUAUUCGAAGAAGAGAAAGCCAAGAGUGAUCAACUGCGCAAAGAAGUGGCCCGGUUUCGAAAGAGUUCCUCCUUCAGCACCGAAGACUCGAUUAGGGCCUCCGAGAUGGAGGUGGAAUUCGAGAAACUACGACAGGACUACAAUCUGCUGCGUAACAGCAUUAAACGGGGCGUUGAGGAUCGCGAAAUGGAAGCGCAGUACAACGCAUUGCAAGACGAACUCAAGCGCCGGCGAGACGAAUGUAUAUCGCUGAAGGCGGUUCUCGCGCAGCAGAGCCAAUCGUUGCGAACGCUUGGGCAGUCGCAGACGAAUCCGAACGGCAGCGGUGACAUCAGCAUGAAGAUCCACGACGAAGGCGAGCUGAUGGAAGUGUACCAAGCAACGAAACUGGUCAAUCGACAGUUGGAAGCCGAGCUGAGUGCGAUGAUGGAAGCAAACAACGAGACGCUGGUGGAGAACAACAAGAUUAUUGAUGGGUUGAGAAAGGAAAUCCAGAACUUGCAAAAUAUACUGCAAACUCGAAUGGAAGAUCCAUCGGAAGGUAAUGUGGAUGCUUUGAAGCAGAGCGAACAGUAUCUGAGGCAUGAGCUGAAGAAAUCAACAGCUGCGUACGUGGAACUGCAGGAGCAGGUUAAUGAUCUACUAAUCAAGAUCAACGAGCUGACGAAGAAAAACAACAUUCUAUCGAACCGGCUGCGAGAUCACGGCCUAAAUGAUUCGAUUUUGAUGAACGACGAGUUCCAGAAUAUGGUGAUGGUGAAGAAAAAGGCUCAAUCCUACCAAGGUAUAUUGAAAUACCGCAAUGAAGAUGAGAAUAAAAUCAUUCAACGGUUAGUAACCGAUCUGAAGCCACGAGUGGCUGUUACUUUAAUACCAAAUUUGCCCGCCUAUGUGGUGUUCAUGUGCAUACGGUACACCGACUUGGUGAAUACCGAUCAACAUGUGCGGUCGCUACUGACCCGCUUCGUACAAAUGAUUAAAAAGCUUUAUAAAUUGCCGAAUACCGCAGAAGUGCGUGUCAUGUGGCUAGUCAAUACCCUCACAUUACACAACCUCUUGAAGCAGUUCGGCGGUUAUCAGGAGUAUAUGCAGUACAACACCGAAGCUCAGAAUCUGCAACAGCUGAAGAACUUCGACCUAUCUGAGUACCGGCAGGUGAUCUACGAGAUGAUCAUUCUAAUGCACGGAGUCUUGUUGCGGCAGAUUCAGGAAUCCAUAAAACAAUUCAUAGUCCCCGCCAUUCUGGAUCACGACGAGACGGCACGCGGUAAAAGUCGUCGAACAAUGUCCCUCGAUGCGUCGCCCGAGGAAAACCGGGAGCCAAAGACUCUAGUGCAGCAAUUGGAAACCUUUUAUAAGCAUUUGUCCAGCUUCGGAAUGGAGAAUUACUACAUAGAGCAAAUCUUUAAGCAGCUUAUGUACUAUAUUUGCGCGGUUGCUGUUAACAAUCUGAUGCUACGAGGCGAUCUGUGCAUGUGGAAGACCGGCAUGAAAAUUCGCUACAAUGUCGGUUGCCUAGAAGGAUGGAUCCGUACGAAGGCUAUGGAUCCGGAGGUGGUAAAACCUUUGGAACCGUUGAUUCAAAUAUCACGCAUUCUUCAAGCACGAAAAACUGAAGAGGACGUUCAAACGCUGCUAGAACUCAGCACCUGUCUGACAACGGCGCAAAUUUUAAAGAUCAUCAAAUCAUACACAACGGAUGAUUGCGAAAAUGCGAUCAAACCGAUAUUUAUCGAAAAGUUGACCAAGCAAUUGAAUGAACGGUCCGCUCAGAGUGAAUCGGAUACGUAUAUGAUGGACGAGGAGGUCGUCAGCCCCUUGGUUGUGGUGUACAAGUACAGUGAGAUUAAUCUGGAGGAGAUAGAAGUUCCUGAGGAACUUAAUCUGGAGGGAUUAGUCACCAGAAUUUAAGCAAACGGUAAGCAAAAUUGUUCUUCUACCGAUUUUUACGGUCAACGAUAAGAAAAAAAAACAUAUAGUGAGAAAAUUUGAAGAAUAAUGUAAGUUGUUAAACUACUGUUGAGAGGAAAUAAGAAAAGACAUCGAAGAUGUAUAUUUACACUUUUUGUUCGUUACCAGUUGAAAAUGUAAUAUUUAUGCAAGCUCUAGCAUUCUGUUCGAAUGUUAUUGAACAAAACAGAACACAGAGAAUCUGUGUUUAAACCAGAAAAAUCGGCCUUCAAACUGUACUAAAACUGGAAAUCAGAUUUAAAAAAUCAAAGUUUUCCGCCUUCAAGUUGUUACAAAGUUCAAGUGCAUUUAUUAGUUUUUGAUCUUCUUUCUGAGAAGUCUCUCACAAUAAGAUUCUAUCUAGAUUAUUUUUAUUCUGCUAAAUUUGAAAUCUACGGCAAAGAGAACACUUAGCAAAAGAAAUGAAGUGCUUCAAGGAAAUAGUAUUUAUUGAACCGUAGAGAGCUAAUAUGAAAGAAAAAGUAUUAUCCAAAUAUACAGCCUGUGGCAUCCUAAUCAUUCAAAUGUCACAGACGUACACCCGUAGGACAGAAGUAUAGCAAAAAUGUUCCAUAAUAUACUUACAAGAAUUUAUCGUGAUAGAAAACAAAAGUUAAUGUAUUUAUAAGCCGUGAGUAGACAAAUUAUGAACCAAUAAAACAGAAACAAGUACUUAGUGUCUACAGUUAUACUGUAUACGCAGUGGAUAUAUAAAA